CUUUCGUUCACUGUAGAAUCGGGAGGAAAUAUCUAGAGCCGUAGUAGCAAGUCCGUACUAGCAGGAACUGUGUAGGUCUUAUCACAGAAAUAUUACCACAGACUUCUGGGAGAGAAGCAGUGUAAGGUGUUCACUCCUUGGACAGAGUAUAUAUUGUACUGAUGCAAGAUGUAAAACUGCACACAAUUAACACAUUCCAUUUUUAUUGAACCAAUUGGAAAUAUGGCCAAGCAAGUGUCAAAUAAAACAACACAGAAUACCAGUAUAGAAUAUAAAUCUGACACUGCAGUUAAUAUGCACAAGCUUAACCUCAAAACUAAAGGGGAACUGAACCAUAAUGAAGGUAGUUGCAGUAAAGGAGAAUUUUUGUCUUCCACCAAAGAAGCUGAUUUUACUCUGCCAGGAACUGAUACUCUGCCAACACUAGAUACUCUGCCAGGAACUGAUACUCUGCCAACACUAGAUACUAUGCCAGGAACUGAUACUCUGCCAACACUAGAUACUAUGCCAGGAACUGAUACUCUGCCAACACUAGAUACUAUGCCAACAGCUAAUAUCACAUUGUCAAGUGACAUGUCUUCAGUUGACAUACUGACAACUGCUGACUUUGACAUUGUUCCAUUUACUGAGAUUAUGUCAGACACUGACAUUGUAUCCAAUACUGAAUGCAGAUCAACAGAUGAUGCCAUGUCUACAGCUGACAAUGUGCUGACAGGUGUCACUGCAACAACUGACAUGUUGCCUUCUGACAUUGCAGGAGUAACCAAAACCUCACCAGCAAGUGCAAAAAUGUCUACAUCUGACACUGAACCAACAAAACUAAGAUCAGCUCCUGACAUGUUUACAGCUGACUUCAAACCAACAACUGGUGUGGCACCAGCUACCAAGAAAGGGUAUAAGUGUGGCCAUUGUAACCAAGUGUUUGUGUGGAAGGGGGACUGUGUGGCGCAUGAAAUGAUUCAUAGUGGUGAGAAAACCUUUAUUCUGCAACAGAAGACAAACCCCUCUUUUACUACAGAGCUUGGCAAUGAACAGGGUGCUUCAUAUUUGAGAGAUAAACGGAUUAAAAACAAACCUUUUCAGUGUAAUUUCUGUAGCAGAUUGUUUAAAUGGAGCGGAGAUCGCACUGCACAUGAAGCGCUAGUUCAUCUGGAGGAGAAUACAGUGAUGGUUAAUGUAGAUACAGGACGUCUUAGUAACAGCCGUGCCACACGUCGAGGUAACAGGAGGCACAGACAAAACGUCUGCCUUGAUGUUGAGAAUCUCCAUUCAGAACAAAGCCCAUUUCAGUGUCAAAUCUGUGAAAUGGAUUUUAAAACUAGAGCUGGUUUUAGAGACCAUAAAUUGAUUCACUCAGGAACGAGACCCUUCAAAUGUCAGACUUGCCCCAAAGCCUUCUUCAAGAAGAUUCACCUCCAAAUGCACAAGAUGCGACAUAGAGACGAUAAGCCUUUCAAAUGUUCAUUUUGCCAAAAAGGAUUUGUCAUUCGAUAUGAACUUGACCAGCAUGAACGGGUCCACACCGGAGAGAAGCCAUUUCAGUGUUCACACUGUCCCAGGAGGUUCAGACACAAACAGGUCUUAAAAAAACAUGAAAUGAGGCAUGUUGGGGACCUGCCCUUUAAGUGUGAUGUGUGCUUUAAAGCAUUCCCCAGUACAUAUGACCGCAGGGUCCAUGCCAAGAUUCACACAGGGGAGAGGCAAUUCCAAUGUAGUCAAUGUAGCAUGGCCUUUGAUACCAAUGGCAAGCUGGAAAACCACAAACAGAGGCACACUAAUGAAAGAUUGUAUGGCUGCAGUGUUUGUGACAAAUAUUUUAAUACUAAAAGUGAUCUUAGCGGUCACAUGGUGUAUCACACUGGGGAGAAGAAACACAAAUGCCAGUAUUGUGAUAAGUGUUUUUUAACUGUGUCCGAUGUCAAGCGACAUGAAGACACUCAUCUGAAACCUUAUAAAUGCCAGUUUUGUAAUAAAGAAUUUGCAAAUAAAGCCAUAUGGACAACUCAUGAAAACAUUCACAAAGGAAUCUUCAGUGACGACAUGAAAUGUAGAUAUUGUGAUAAAGUGUUUGCAACCAAAGCUUGGCUGGCAAGUCAUGAAAGAGCCCAUGCUGACAUUAGAGAGUUUGAUUGCUCCCUGUGCUCCAAAGCAUUUGGCACCAAGUUCAGCCUUAAAAUUCACAUGAGGAGCCAUAAUGGUGAAACCCCGUACAAGUGUAAGCACUGUCCCAAGAGGUUUGCCUACAGGCAGGUGUGUUUGAACCAUGAAAUGAGUCACACUGGCGAGGAGCCUGCCAAACCCCACUCCUGUCAGCACUGUGGGAAGGCAUUCAGGAGGAAGGCACACUGCCGUGAUCACGAGAGGAUCCACACCGGAGAAAAAUUGUUUAAGUGUUCUUUCUGUGGUAAGGCAUUCACACAUGAGCAAGGACGUAAUGUCCAUGAGAAGAUUCAUACUGACCAGAGACCUUUUCAGUGUCAGUUUUGUGACAAGAGAUUUAUAACCGGUAAAGAUCGUAAUAGCCACCAACAAGUACACACAAGAGAAAACGUGUUUAAUUGCCCAUAUUGUACGCAAACAUUUGGUUGGAAACACAGCAUAAAAAAGCAUGUUAGAAGUAAGCAUCCAGAAAAAAUUGGCCAAGAAUCAGAUUAAAAUGAUUUUCAGUUAACCACCAUGUAUAGGGACUUAAUUGUAUUCUUUUCCCACUUAUUUUAAAUUGAACAAUGAAAAUGAAAUUAAAACCAUGCAUUUAUUCACAUGUUCAAUUUUAAUAUUUCACAGUGAUAUCACAGUAAAAAUGUCACUGUACCAAGGAGACUUGUAUUUGCAUUUCACUGGAAGACUGGAUGCUAGGCAUGAUUGAGUAUUGGUGAAUAUCGGAAUAUGUAACCAAAUAAUGCAGCAAUUAUUGAACUAAUUGAUAUUUUAUUUACUAAUACAAUUAUUCUUCUGAUGUAAGUGUAGGGGAGAGUUCAGCCAGAUGAUUUUCAAGUUGCCACUUUGUAGACACUGGGCUGAAACUUUCCUUCAUUUUCAAAAAAAUUAUUACUUAAUGAAAAAAGGUAGAUGUAUUCAGAUAUUCAGUUUUACAUAUUUUUAAAUGUUCCACAGUAAUAAACAUCAAAUUGU